AUGUCGGCAUCUACAAAUGAGUACGAGUUUACGCCAACACAAGAUUGGUUUACCCAUAAUAUUCCAUCCUGGAAAAGCCUCUUCCCAAUCGACACUUCGCCUAAGCCACGUAUCUUAGAGAUCGGUUUUCUGCUCUCCACGCCGCUCUGUGCUCAAGGCAGUGAGAUAGUCUGCAUCGACCAUUUCGACCUUAUGCAUACUCCUGCGGGACGUGAGCGCCACCGCAAGCUCUCGCAGAAUCUUCCACCGACAGGUCGCUCAUUUCGCAUACUCCCACAGUACAGCGUCCCCGCACUAUAUGCGCUGCUGGAAGAGGAGAUAGCGCGGGACACAAGCGCUGGAUUUGACUGGGUGUAUGUGGACAGAUCGCACCGCGCAGAUGAUACGCUCCUAGAUGCAGAACUUGCAUGGCGCCUUGCGCGCAAGGGAUGCAUAUUCAUUUUCGAUGACUGUAAUUGGCCCGAGCAGUUCAUCGAAAGGGAGUACGAGCAUCUGUCCAAAACUGCAGAGCAAUACCAGAUGAUUUUGAGGAGGACCAGUGAAAUGCGAAUCGGAUUCCUCGUGGAGCAGAGUGCUAAGCAACACUUCCCAAACGCUCUAGGCUUAGGGAUCUAUUUGGUCCUCGCCAUCGACACCUCAUAUGCGAUGGCAGCAGCUGUCACGAUUCGCAGCGCCAUCGAGAAGACCACGGGACGUAUGACAAUUUACAUCGUAGACUGUGUUUUUAUUUGUGCCGAAGACAAAGAAAAGAUCAAGUCGUCGCUUCCCAAACGACACGAUGCUACCCUAAUACUGCCAGUGGAGCGGGCUUUAUACCUGGACGCAAAUAUGCUGGUGUGCAGGAGCCUGGAAGACAUGGACGUUGAAUUCCCAAUGGGCCAUGGUGGGGUCUCACGAAGGCGCUACUUCAACGCAGGCGUGCUCCUGAUUGACCUGGCAAAGGCAAGAAUGCAUCUGUCUGAGCUUGCGGCUCGGGUGCGUGAGAUGAAAGACGCUCGCUAUUGCGACCUUGGCGAUUGGACCGAAGUGAACCUGAGCUGGAAUGCACAGGGACUCGGAACCUACGCAGGGAUUAGCUCAGCUGAUAGAGAUAUCCUAGCAUUGGGAGACAUGAAGGAUCCUGGAGUGGUGCAUUUCACAGGACCAGUUCAUCCUAGUCUUGUGGCGCCGGCAUGGGCAGGGUGGCAGGGAUCGACACGAUACCAUGAGAUGUGUGAGGGAGAGAAACAGAAAGCAAUUCAAGAUUCAAUCAAGAAGUUCGAGACUCGAGUACAGUUCUAG